AUGAAUAAUAGCAGUGAUAAUGAUGAAUCGAGAGACAAUAGAGAGCAAGUAAGAGAAGCCGCUGGUCAAGAGGGCGCUGCAGAUAUAAACACAGCAGAUAUAAACACAGCAGAUAUAAACACAGCAGCUAACACAGUCGCUGAUCAUGGAGAUCGUAACAUAAAUGAUAACCCGUCGGGAAGUAAUGCCAAUACCAGUAUCCAAGGACCGGAAUCUUCUAAUGAAAAUGAUAAUGACAAUAGAAAUGAAAUGAACAUAUUUGAUAGGUUCAUGGAUACCAUAUUAGGUGCCAAUCGGAAUAGGGUUCAAUCCCCAAUAGCUAUUCCAAUAGUAAGUAGCGCCGGUGGUGAUGCCACGGCGGUGGCGUCAACCACUACGGAUGCAUCAAACCCCACUGGAGAUGCAGAUUCGGGUCCCGACUCAACGAAUGCCAACGCAUUAAGCACAAGUACAGACUCUAAUGGUGGCGCCAUUAUCAUAACAGUGAACUAUGUAUUCUCUGAUGAAAAUAACCCACAGAACCCAAACAGAUCUGGUUCGUUGGUAAUGACUUUGCCAAAUAAUUCUUCCAACAGAGACCCUAGAAUAAUUCAAGAAUUCAUUAGGUUGGCAACGCAGAUGGCGUAUUCCACAAUUGUUAACUUAAACAAAGAAAAAGGUAUCACUAUCGACAAGUUCAACUCUUUCGAUAUUAAAACGUUAGAAGAGCUCAAGGAAACCUCAAGAGAAUGUUCUAUUUGUUUUGAAGAUUACUUAGCAUUUUCUAACAAUGGCAAAAAGAGAAGUGUUGUUGAUGGUUCUAGAUCACAAGAAGAUACAUCUGCCAAGAAGCGAAAAUUGAAUAAUAAGAAUGCUGAAUCUACUUCAAAUGAUUCUUCGUCGUCUUCCACGACGUCAACUUCAUCUUCCAGUGAUCCGAAUACUUCAAGGCCAAAGUACUUGUCUGAAUUUACUGGAACAUUUGAACAUCUUCCUGUUCAGAUGCCUUGCGGUCAUAUUUUUGGAAAAUCUUGCUUGUUUGAAUGGUUGAAAAAUCAUAGUUCCUGUCCUUUGUGCAGAAAUUCGGUUAGCGAACCAAGCACUGACGGAACCUCGACUAAUGAUACUAAUGGCAAUGUGCAAGAUAAUCCGAAUAUUACUUUGGUGCAUAGACCUGCACUUUUAGAUAUUUUUAAUUCAUUUUCUAGAGAUAGAGAGAGCAACUCACCCGUCAGAAGAAUUCUAAGGUCAGGAAAUGGAUUAGGUGAGAAUAAUUCUCCACACACUCAUAUGCAUACACAUUCUUUCCCUCUGCAACUGGUGGAUUCACAAGAUGAAGCGCAGGAAGGCGAAUCAGGAAAUCAAACUGGAGUUUUUUCACAUCUUUUGAAUUACCUCAGAAGAUCCCAACUGAGCGAAAGCUCAGAGCCAUUAUUCCCGACUGGUGUUUCUAGUAGGCGAACAACGAAUGGUGUUGAGACUAGGCUGACAGAUAGAAUUGAUUCUGAAGACAAUGUUUUAGAAUUUAUGAAUUUAAGAAGUCUUGUUGACGACAAUAGAAGUAAUAACCUGGUAAACAAUAAUGCUACAGAAAGUAAUAAUAAUGGCGACAACGACAACGAUAACGCCGAUGGCAAUAAUAACAAUGCCAGUAAUAAUGACAAUGAGAAUGAGUCUACUACAUAA